AUGACUCGGCUAACUGAAAACUGCGGGAAUUCAGUUCUGCCCAAUGACCAGCUGCUUGUGAUCUCUUGGCGUUCUUACCACCCAGUUGGAACUCCGGACCGGAAGGAUAUUACAGUUGCAGUUACAGAUUUCCUUACCGGAACUUCAAGUACACCUUCCAUAGCGACAACCUCAGUCAUUGAAUCACCUGCGGACGCCGAAUCUUCUGUCUCUCCACCCCGAACCAUUGCGCUUGAUAUCACCCGCGUUAUAGAGAAACAGAUAGAUUCGGUCAUCGACGAUUUCCACCGGCUCAAACUCGUUCGUGAGAUAGGAAAAAACUGGGAUCUAUUCUACAAACGAAAUGGAGCACGUUUUUUUAAAGAUAGACAUUGGUCCACUCGUGAAUUCGGAGACCUGCUUCCUCUAUUCCCAAAUCUUACGCAGAGAAUCGCUCCUUGGUCCAUUCUUGAAGUCGGAUGUGGUGUUGGGAACUUCUUGAUACCCCUUUUGGAAGAUCUGCUUCUCGACGGAAGACAAUCCACGUCACUUGCAGAUGUUGACCUAUCCAUGAUACACGUUUUUGCUUGUGAUAUUUCCAUACGCGCCAUAUCCCUGCUCCGCGAACGUGCUGCCGAGUGUUCCCUGCCAUGCACAGCCUUCGUUUGUGACGUCUGUCAGCCGGAUUCUCUGAAAACUUCCCUACUUCAAAGUCAGUCCGACUCAUCCCAUUCGUUGUCCCAAGUCGAUGUGGUCACCUUAAUCUUCGUCCUUUCCGCAGUCAGUCCAUGGAAUAUGGUCACCUUUUUAAAAAACAUUGUCAGUGUGCUCAAACCCGGUGGACGCGUACUUUUACGGGACUACGGUUUACACGACCAUGCUCAACUUCGCUUUGGUCGGGGCACCCGCUUUCUACCGGAAGUACCUGCGUAUGCACGUCAAGAUGGUACUCUCACGUAUUAUUUCUCGGUUGAAGAACUGAAUGACCUAUUAUUGACAUCCGGACUCCACACUCUACGCUGCGAGUACAUUUACCGACAGCUGAAUAACGUAGCCGAGGGUAUUUCUGUCCAACGGGUCUUUGUACAAGCUGUCGCAGAGCGUCCCCUAUAA